AACAACACUUAUGGCAAGACAAAAAAAGUAUAAAAAGCCACAGAAGAAGCAGCUAAAGUCAGCUUUGAUGAAACUGUGAGAACAACCAUGAAUCCCGCCAUCAGCAUCACUCUUCUCCUGCUCUCUGCAACUGUUGUUAAGUCAUGGGGGUCUCUGGAGGGCCAAGCUGAAGAGGAGGAGGAUUCUUCAUCCCAGUUAAACCAUGACAUGGGGGAGAGAGCAGCCCACCAUACAGAGAAGGAUGAAGCUUUCCCAGGUUCCUGUACUGCCUGUAAGUCCAUUGUGUCCAAAGUAAAGAAGCAUCUGGGCAAAGAAAAUACAAAGGCAAAAAUCCAAGGUCUGCUUGCAAAAGCCUGCAAUGGACUUAGACCUAGAUUCAUCAGAUCCAUCUGCGAGAAGCUGGUCAGAAAGUACCAAGACAAACUGAUCAACGUCAUAGCAGACAAGGGGACUCCCGAGAGUAUAUGCAUUAGACUGAGUCUCUGCAAGAGCCGUGGGCAGUAGAUUGUACAUUUGAUGCAUGCAACACAACAGACUAAAGUGUAACGUUUGAACUCUUCCUGUGUCUUGUCUUGUUUUUGCCUUCACAAUAAAGCUUUUUUUUUGCA